AUGAUUGUUUUUAGUGAAAUAAAAGAAUAAAAAGAAUGUACAUAAAAAUGUAAAACAGAGUUUCCUUCGCUUACUAAUUGCUUGUGUGAUGGUGAAGAAUUCGAUAUUCCUGAAAGCGAAAGCGAUAGCUGUCCUAAAUUCUGUGAUGAUGUAAAAAACAACCCACCUGAUUAUGAAUGCUAGUGUGUUUAAAAUGAUUAAAUGAUUGUUUUUAGUGAAAUAAAAGAAUAAAAAGAAUGUACAUAAAAAUGUAAAACAGAGUUUCCUUCGCUUACUAAUUGCUUGUGUGAUGGUGAAGAAUUCGAUAUUCCUGAAAGCGAAAGCGAUAGCUGUCCUAAAUUCUGUGAUGAUGUAAAAAAAAAUCCUCCUGAUUACGAAUGCUAGUGUGUUUAAAAUGAUUAAAUGAUUGUUUUUAGUGAAAUAAAAGAAUAAAAAGAAUGUAAAUAAAAAUGUAAAACAGAGUUUCCUUCGCUUACUAAUUGCUUGUGUGAUGGUGAAGAAUUCGAUAUUCCUGAAAGCGAAAGCGAUAGCUGUCCUAAAUUCUGUGAUGAUGUAAAAAACAACCCACCUGAUUAUGAAUGCUAGUGCGUAUAAAAUGAUUAAAUGAUUGUUUUUAGUGAAAUAAAAGAAUAAAAAGAAUGUACAUAAAAAUGUACAACAGAGUUUCCUUCGCUUACUAAUUGCUUGUGUGAUGGUGAAGAAUUCGAUAUUCCUGAAAGCGAAAGCGAUAGCUGUCCUAAAUUCUGUGAUGAUGUAAAAAACAACCCACCUGAUUAUGAAUGCUAAGUUUCCUUCGCUUACUAUUGCUUGUGUGAUGGUGAAGAAUUCGAUAUUCCUGAAAGCGAAAGCGAUAGCUGUCCUAAAUUCUGUGAUGAUGUAAAAAAAAACCCACCUGAUUAUGAAUGCUAGUGUGUUUAAAAUGAUUAAAUGAUUGUUUUUAGUGAAAUAAAAGAAUAAAAAGAAUGUACAUAAAAAUGUAAAACAGAGUUUCCUUCGCUUACUAAUUGCUUGUGUGAUGGUGAAGAAUUCGAUAUUCCUGAAAGCGAAAGCGAUAGCUGUCCUAAAUUCUGUGAUGAUGUAAAAAACAACCCACCUGAUUAUGAAUGUUAAUGUAUUUAAGAUGAAUCUUUAAUAACUCUUAAAGAUAUUAAAACUUCUUAAGAAUGUUCUAUUUAAUGCGAAUUAUAAUUAACUCCAACAGUUGCUUGUUUAUGUGAAACCUGUACCGAUAAGUGUUUAUAGCUUUAUCCUAUAAAAUCUUUCUGUUAAUGCUCUGGUUCUUUUUUUGAACGUCCUUAAAAUUUUACAUGUACUUAAGUAUGCUUAGAAAACGAAAUUACUUCAUAAAUUUCUUAGCAAUGUCUAUGUGAAGAAUCUUAUAUAAAAAUUUCAUUAGAAUAAUCUUGCUCCGAAUAAUGCCCUUCUCCUCAAACAUAUUGUAAAUGUGAAAAUGGUAUAUGCGUUAAAUGUAAAGACGAAAAUGCUUAAAUCGUCCUAUAGAAAUUUUGUUCCUGCAAAGAAAAUUAUUAUCUAGAUUCUGUCAAAAAAAUUUGCGUAAUGGAAAAUAUAGGAUCCCAAAUCGAUUAAUGCGAACUCGAAAUUUUCAAAUACAUUACAUAAGUUAUUGUCAUAGCAGAUUGUGAUCUUUUCGUAGAUUAAAAAGGAAUCAAUUAUAUAUAAAUUACAGACGGAUGUGAACCAGGUUAAGAAUGUGUUAUUAUAGCAGAUUUGGACACUUCUGGAAGAAUUUGUUAAGACUAAACUUGUUAGCAAGAAAUUAAAGGAACCGUUUUUAAAGUAGGAGAAUCUAUUUUCAUUCAUAUUUGGCUUAAAGAUAAUUCCUACUCUAAAUAAUUAUAACUUUAAAAAGUUGUUUUUAAAGGAGAUGAUAUUGUCAUGGAUUAUACUUAAUUAUGUUCACUUAACACUAAUGCCUCUAAUGCUAAUUAACUUGGAAAUCUUUUCAUUUAAUGUGAACUAAUGGAGCCUGCUUAAGAAGCUACUUUGUAAGUUAGUUUAUUAGUUUAGCCAACUGGAAGAGUCAGAAGAUUAAAUACUGAAAAUUAAAAAUAAAAAAAGAACUUCUAUUUUGCUGUUUUUGGAAAAAAAAAAUCAACUAAUGCAGUUAGUGAUAAACAAUAGGAGACUUAAUAAUUAAGUAAAUAUAGUCUUUUAAUAGAAUAUUAUUUGAUUAUUUUCUGUAUCUUGUAAGCUAUUAUUUAUUGA